AUGGGGCUCAACCAGUUCCAGCCAUCAGAGGAUAUGAUUGUUGGUGUAAACAAGGACUGCCAUGCAGAGCUGACGCUGAUUGUGCUGCGCUGGGUCUUUGACAGGGUCCGAGAAGAUUGCCCUAAUUUCCACGAGAAGAUUAAGCCUAUUAAUGCUGAACUCACUCAGCCCAAGCUGGCCAUCAGUGCUGAAGAUGAGGAGGAGCUUCUGACCCGGGUCAAUGUUGUCUUCCACUGUGCAGCAACAGUUCGCUUUGAUGAACCCCUGAAGCAUGCCCUGCAACUGAAUGCAAUGGGCACGCAGCGGCUUCUAGAGCUGGCCCGGCAGAUGCAGAAACUCGAGGCCUUCAUACACAUCUCCACUGCCUAUGCAAACUGUGUCCGGAAAUGCAUAGAUGAAGUCAUCUACCCACCCCCAGCUGAACCCAAGAAGCUCUUUGAUUUAGUGGAGUGGUUGGAUGAAUCUAUCAUUCAAGACAUCACACCCAAGCUGCUUGGGGACUGGCCCAACACUUACACCUACACCAAAGCCUUGUCAGAAUACCUGAUUCAGCAAGAGAAAGGAAACCUGAACAUUGCUAUCAUCAGGCCAUCCAUCGUGGGAGCCAGCUGGCAUGAGCCUUUCCCAGGUUGGAUUGACAGCUUCAAUGGGACAAGUGGAAUAUUUGUUGCGGCAGGCAAAGGGAUUCUGCGGACCGUCAUCGCCAACAACGAAGCGGUGGCAGAUAUGAUUCCAGUAGACGUCGCCAUCAACCUCACCCUUGCGGCUGGGUGGUACACUGCUGUGCACAGACCAAAAAACUUGUUGGUGUACAACUGCACAACAGGUGGAAUCAACCCCUUCUUCUGGGGAGAAAUGGAGCAGUAUGUCAUGUCCACGUUCAAAAGGAACCCACUGGAGCAGGCUUUCCGAACACCCAACGCUCACUUGACAUCCAACUACUUGAUAAACCAGUACUGGAUAACGGUCAGUCACAAGGUACCAGCCAUACUCUACGAUCUGUACAUGAGGCUCACAGGGAGAAAACCCAGAAUGAUGAAGAUUAUCAAUCGACUGCACAAGUCUAUGAUGCUCCUGCAAUAUUUCUCCACCCAGUCCUGGGAUUGGUCUUCAGAUAAUAUGAAUAUGUUAAUGAGUCACCUUAACACAGAAGAUAAAAAGUUAUACAACUUUGAUGUUCGUCAGCUGCACUGGUCAGAAUACAUUGAAAGCUACUGCCUAGGUGCUAAGAAGUACUUGCUAAAUGAGGACAUGGCUGGCAUUCCAGCAGCAAAGCAACACUUAAGAAAGAACAUUCGAUACGCAUUCAACACCACCCUCCUUGUGAUCAUUUGGCGCAUCUUCAUUGCAAGGUCACAGAUGGCUCGAAACAUCUGGUACUUUGUGGUGAGCCUCUGCUACAAGUUCCUCUCCUACUUCAGGGCAUCCAGCACCCUCAGGCACUGA